AUGGAUCACGUCCCCAUACCAAGCGAAGCCGAGAAGCAGGCAUUGAUCCGCAAACUUGACUGGCAUCUUCUCCCACUCCUCUUCUUCCUCUAUUCCCUUUCUGUGCUCGACCGGAGCAAUUUGGGAAAUGCUAAGCUCGCCGGCAUGGAGAACGACAUCGACCUCUCAGGCAACCGAUACUCGCUCCUCGGCACAGUCUUCUACAUCGCGUACAUUCUCUUCCAAUGGACGAUUGCAGGGUGGAAGCAAUUCAAGCCCCACCAGUGGUGUGCCUUGACGGUGCUGUUCUGGGGCACGAUCGCGACGGUCCAGGCGGCCACGAGCAGCUGGGCGGGUCUGAUCGUCUGUCGUUUCCUGUUGGGUAUCGCGGAGGCCAUGUUUGGGCCCGGUGUGCCGCUAUACUUGACAUUCUUCUAUCCGCGGGAGAAAGUGGGCUUCCGACACGGAGUGUUUAUAUCUGGAGCGGCCAUGGCAAAUGCUUACGGUAGCGCAUUGGCAUAUGGCAUUAGCCAAAUCCGCGGAGCCCUCGCGCCGUGGCGUAUCUUGUUCCUGAUCGAAGGUCUGCCUACUUGCGUCGUGGCGAUCCUGGCAUGGUACUACAUCCCAGACAGCAUCACCAAUGCGCGUUUCCUCAACGAACGACAACGUCAAGUUGCGCUUCACAUGGUGGGCCAGAACCAGAAGACCGAUGCCGGUGAUACGAAAGGCGAGCGUGGUGUGCGCUUUGGCGAGUUCCUCGCGGCAUUCAGGGACCCGAAGUCGUUCAUUCCAGGUCUGAUGUACUUCUGCUGCAACGUCUCUUUCGCCUCGCUCCCAUUGUUUCUCCCGACCAUCAUCUCCGAAAUGGGAGCCUUCUCCCAAAUUCAAUCGAACGGCCUUUCAGCCCCUCCCUACCUCCUCUGCUUCUUCGUCAUCAUCCUCUUCUGCUGGCUGUCUGAUCAAUACAGGAUGCGCGGUCCGUUUGUCGCCCUGGCCGCUUCGCUCGCGGCGAUCGGCUUCAUCAUCAACGCGACGACCACGACGGCCGCGCCGCGGUAUUUCUCAACGUUUUUGUCCGUGUUGAUUUUCGCAUCGGUCGCGCUGCUUUUGGCGUGGACGGCGAAUAUCCACGCGAGCGAUAGUAAGCGAUCGGGAGGAUAUGUGAUUUUGGGAUUCAUCGGGCAGUGUGGGCCGUUGUUAGGCACCAACGUCUUCCCCUCUACCGACAAACCAUACUACCGUGCCGGUCUGUGGGUUUGCGCCGCCACCUGUUUGGUAGUGGUGGCAUUGAGCAUCACGCUGAGUGUCUGGAUUUACCGCGAGAACCGCCGCCUCGAUCGCGAAGAGACGGAAAUUGUCGAACAGGAUCCCAAGGGUGGAGAUGACGUGCAGCAGAGGCAUCGAUGCAUGUGGUAG